GCGUCGGGCUGCCCGCCGGCGUGCGAGUGCAAGUGGCGCUCGGGCAAGGAGGCGGCGUGGUGCCGCAACGUGACGGCCGUGCCCGCCGGCCUGGACGCGGGCACGCAGCUGCUCGACCUGUCGGGCAACGCGCUGGCGCCGCUGGCGGCGCGCGCCUUCGUGUCGCGCGGGCUGGCCCACCUGCAGCGCCUGCACCUGGCGCGCUGCGGGUUGCGCGCGCUCGCCGCCGCCGCGCUUGCCGGACUCGCCAACCUGGUGGAGCUGGACGUGAGCGGCAACCUGCUGCUGGCCGUGCCCUCGGCCGCCUUCCAGCCCGUGCCCGAGCUGCGCGAGCUGCGCCUCUCCGCCAACCCGCUCGACCGCCUGCCCGCGCGCGCCUUCCACCUGCUGCCCCGGCUCGUGCGCCUCGAGCUCUCCAACUGCCGCAUCAGCCGCAUCGACCCGCGAGCCUUCGAAGGUGUCGAGUCCUCUCUCGAGUGGCUGCGACUGGACGGCAACGAGCUGACCGGCACGGAGUCCGGGGUGUCGGCGCUGACGACGCUGCGCGCGCUGCACGGCCUGGCGCUGGCCGGCAACCCCUGGAACUGCAGCUGCGCGCUGCGCCCGCUGCGCCGCUGGCUCACCGAGCAGCGCGUGCCCCUGGGGGACGAGCCGCCCGCGUGCCGCGAGCCGGCGAGGCUGCGGGGCCGCGCCUGGGACCGCCUGUCCGCCGAGGACUUCGCCUGCCGGCCGCGGCCCGCGCCGCCGCCCCUCGUCAGCGCGCAGGAGGGCGGCGCCGCCCAGCUGCGCUGCCCCGUCAGCGCCGACCCGCCGCCCACCGUCAAGUGGCUGUGGCGCGGGCGGCCGCUCGUCAACAGGUCGUCGCCGGGACGGUACGUGGUGAACGCGUCCGGGGGCGCGCUGACCGUGCUGCGGCUGGAGGCGUCGGACGCGGGCUCGUACCAGUGCGUGGGCGAGAACCGCGCGGGCCGCGCGCUGGGCGCCGUCACGCUGGAGGUUCGCCGGCGCGCCGCGGGUGAGGAGAGCCUGAGUACGCAGGCUGCCGGCGGCUGCGACAGCGGGGGCGGUCUGUCCGGCCCGGGGGCGGGUGGCGGCGGCGGAGGCGGCGGCGGCGGCAGCUACGAGAAGAUAGAGCUCAACCACAAGCCGCCGUCGCCCAGGAUACUCAACCACCGCGAACAGGUGGGCACGGCCGAAACUGCAGUGGUGUCGCAUCCGCGGAUGCGCGAGUACCGCGGAGUGCCCGACACUGAUGACGAGGACGAAGACGUGGAGGACGAGGCCGGCUACGAGGAGGACGAGCAGGAGACGACCACGCCCUCCGCGGACCUCCACAUCCCGCGCAUCAACAGCUGGGACACGACGCCGAGCACGACGUCGAGCAGCUGGGUGCAGGUGCAGGGGCAGCUCAAGUCGCCGCCGCCGGCGCCGCUGUCCCCGCCGCCCCCGCAGCCGUCCGGCCGCAGCCCCGGAGGCGGCGCAGGGGCGGACAGCAGCCAGUCGCCGCUGCUGGGGGCGUCGCAGCUGUCUCUACUGCAGCGCCAGCCGCCCCCCAGCCCGCCGUGCCCUGCGCGCGCCGCCGCCGACCUCGCGUCCUACGACUACCACGCGCAGCAGCUGGAGCGCUUCCUCAUGGAGUACCGCAGCCUCCAGCGGCAGCUGUCGCGCAUGAAGAUGGCCGUGGACCGCCGCCGCGGACUGGGGGCCGCUCCGCCCAGUACCGGAGCCACAUCACCGCCUCCCUACUGGCUGGGGACGGCCAAGUCCACGGCGCCCACCUCCGCCGCUCCACAGCACCGCCGCUUCAGCGGGGGUGACUUCUUCCUGAGCUGA